CCCUUGUGGGGAUAACGUUAUUUAAAAAAAAAAAAAAAAGUAAAGCGGCACAUAUACUUUAUUGGGAUUUUUGAAAUUUAAAUUCGAAGAAAAAGUUUAUUCUGCCCUUCUCACAUUGCGCAAUGCGGAAACGACAGCUGUCAUAUCCGUCACACAGCGGGGUCAGCUUCUGUAGGUUUGCCUUCAUGUGUUUAACGUUUUAACUUUCCUAAAUUACGACUGUCGUUGAAAUUAUGCCAUUAACCAGUUGAGGACAUUUCGACGGAGAAUGAGCCCAUGUCGAGUCAGGCUUCUGAAGAAAAUACAGUUGGCGAGUCAGCCCGGUAGCCUAGCUGCAGUAACGAUAGGCUGUUGUCAAGCGCCGCAACGGACUCCGCUUCUUUUUUGACACACACCCACACACACACCGCCUGUACGGGGUAAAAAUAAAAUGCUGCAAAUGGGAGAUGAAGUCACCCUUUACACGGUCGUGUUCGUUGUGGUUCUGCUGGCCUCUAGGAGUCCGGUCUGGACCACCGUCCUCACAGCCUCUCUCUACCUCUUCCUGGUGAUGUUCCGGUUCCCUCAGGCUCCGGCGAGCCGGGCUCGGCAGGUGCUCCGCCCGGCUAGAGGCGCCGCUGGCUCCGGCGGGGUGUCGGUGGUCGCCCACCGGGGUGGUGGGCACGAUGCACCGGAGAACACAAUAGCAGCCAUCCGUGAGGCCAGUAAGAACGGGGCGACAGGUGUGGAGUUGGACCUCGAGUUCUCAUCAGACGGAGUCGCCAUACUGAUGCACGACGAGACUGUGGACCGCACCACAAAUGGGUCUGGACCACUCAGUCAGAUGAGCUUCUCAGAGCUGCGUAAACUGGAUCCAGCUGCCAAACAUCGGCUCAGGGACAAGUUUGCAGGAGAGAGGGUUCCAACUCUUGAGGAGGCAGUAGAGGAAUGCAUCAAACUGCAGCUCACCAUCUACUUCGAUGUCAAAGGUCACCCGGAUGAGGCAGCCGCAGCCCUUAAAAACCUCUUUAAGAAACAUCCAGUUCUCUACAACAGCAGCAUCGUCUGCUCCUUUGAGCCCAAAGUCAUCUACAGGAUGAGGCAGACUGACCCAGAAGUGGUCACAGCACUGACCCACAGGCCGUGGAGCCUGAGUCGCUUCGGAGACGGCGCCCCACGUUUCUCGUCACUAUGGAAACACCACUGGACAACGCUGCUCGAUGUGCUGUUAGACUGGGCGCACCAUCACGUGCUGUGGAAGCUCUGCGGCAUCUCGGCCUUCCUGAUACAGAAGAACUUUGUCUCGCCGGACUACGUGCAGUACUGGGCCCAGAGGGGGGUGGAGGUGGUAGCCUGGACGGUCAACACAGAGGUUGAGAAACAGUACUACCAGGAGCAGCUACAAGUCAACUACAUCACCGACAGCCUCUUGGAAGACUGUGACCCACACUACUGACGUCAACAUGCACCCCAAACACAUGUACACACAAAGCAAACAGCCGGGCAAGUGUGCAUCUCACUGUUUUCAAGAUACAGUAGGUGCUCUGCCUACAGCAGGAAAUAGUCUGAAUGCAUAAAGAAAAGUGGCACACAAGAACGAAUAACAUGUCAAGUCCCCAUUCAUUAGGUCUUUAUUAGUGUAACAUAUUUAAAAAAAAAAAAAAAACAACAACAACAACAAAAAACAACAACUCAGGGUCACCUUUCUUUAUCCAUGGGUCCACAUAUGCUUCAAAAGAUUAAUCCCAUGUUAACAUCAUAUUUCAGCUUCUACCCAUUACUAAUACUGACACAUUGUUUGGUCGGGACAUUCCCAUGAGCACAUACAUUUAAAACAUGGUUGUUUUUACCGACUGACCUGACUCUGGUCGUCAGUCUUUGUGCCAUGCUGUAGUUAGUGUGUAAUGGAGACCUAAGUUCUAUUCCUAACCAAGUCAUUUUUUAAAAAAAAAAUAGCACAUUUUCCCUCAACAUCUUUACAUGCCUUUUAAAACAUGCUAACAUAGUGUGUUGGCAUUAUGAUGUCUGGACACCAGGCAUCAGAAAACAGACCUGUAUCAAAUGUACUGUACUCACCAACUCAGGACUACACUGAUUGAGAAACCAUGGUAAUGUAAAACCUAUACACUGCAAUAAUAGUGUGACUUUUACUUAGUAGAGGCCUGCCACAGAAUAUCUGGAUACCAGUGAGGGAUGCCAUGUGGGAGGAGUGAGGACAUUUUUCUGUUGUAUUUUUUUCCUGAAUUUUAAAUGUCCUUUUGUUGUCACUCCUCCAACGUGGUUGUGCGUCCUUCAUCACCACCAUCAGUCACUCGCCCAAUAUUCUGAGUGUGCAGAAUGUGCCUACCCAGCCACUACAGGAAGAAUUGGAAUCGCUUACAAUAAAUGUACAACUUUUCUUGGUGGCACUGGUGCAGACAUUGUCACAUUAACAGUAUAUAGUGACACAUGGUACAGCAGCAGCAUAGGAUGAUGCAGAUUGCAAUGCGGAUGUAGUGAGUGUACAGAAAUGAGAAUAACAUUAAGUUGUAUGGAAAUGUGUUCCCUAAGUGCAAUAAGUGGGCAGGGACUUGUCUUGGCGGCAUUGCUAAGGAUACAAACUUACAGAACUUACCUACUUGAGUGCAAUAGUCUACACACUGACUUCUUUUACCAAACCUCGUAUAUAGUUCACAAUCUAGUGAGACAGUAGGCCAUGUGUAUCAAGAGUAGACUUGUCCCAGUCAAUGAGGGUUAUAAACCAGAGACUAGGUAGUAAGCGCUCCAGAAUAAAAUAAUAAGGAAGUCUGUUUACUACAGGACUUCUAUAUCAGAAAGCUGUAAAAGAUUAUAUGUCCUCAAUCAGUAUUAUCAGUUGCUACGUUUGAUCUGUAUUUUAGAGUAAUGAGUAACUUUUAAAAUAUCUAAAAAACUUAAAUAUAUCUCAUAAUUAGCUAACAUAAAAAGAAUAUACAGCUAUGGUUAUUGGUUAUAAAAACAGAAAAUAUAGAGAAAAUUUGGCCCUAGACUCAGUUUUACUUAAUAAUUUACAUUUAUUAUGCAGGUUUACCAGUAUUUUCACAAGUCCUGUAGAGGGUCUGUAAUCUCAGGUUUUGCCCCAGAUACUUUUGGCAUCUGUUCACAUUGCAUUCACCUGACCACACUCACAAUCAGGGGGAAAAAAUAAAUCAAUAAAAUGUCUCAAAAAGUGGUGAA